AUGCACCAGGGGCUGGCAACCGCAGGACCUUGGACCCGAACCUUAGGAAUGCAGAGCCGGCCGGAGGGACGUGGCAGGGUCCCUGGCUCUCUGGGUGCAGGGCCCACCGGAGGAAGGGACGGUCUUGCUCGCCGUGUGGUUGCCGCACACGGCGCCGGAAGCGGGCCGCGGCGGGGUCUCUGGAGGCUCGACGCGCUGCGCGAGGGGCAUCUGCCCUCAGAACGGAGGCUGGUCCAGCGGGGGAGGUCUGACCGCGCAGCCAUUGCCGACCGACGGGCGACAAGCCUCCGCGUGAAAAGCUACGGCCGGCUGGGCGACGCGGUCCUCGGCGUCGGAACGGGUAUAUCUCCCCAAUCAAACACUCUACUCCCGCGCCCCGGCCUCGUCUUUUUUUUUUUUGGCCAGAGCCCGACCCAAGCAGCGCGCUACAGCCGGGCCGACGCGCGCGGAAGAUGA